UUUGUCCGUAGUUACCUCCCAUGCAAAAAAGUUAGUAAAAUGGCUGCCACCUUGCUGAAGACGGUACGGGCAACAAAUUGCCUCCAAACAGUUGCAAGGAAUGUCUUUCCACGUAUAUCGUCCGUCUCAAUAAUCCAUUGCAGACAAGAAAACAAAAAGAUACACAACUGUACAAAUUCAACAAAGCUGUUAGCGCCACGGAUAACUGCAUUACAAAGUUCUCGCAAUUAUGCUCAGAAGCCGUAUCUUACAAUAUCUAAUGUAAAAAAGAGGGUGACUCUCGUUUUGCAACUUUAUGAUAAAGUUGAUCCCGAAAAGUUGACAUUGACAUCCCACUUUAUGAAUGAUCUAGGGCUGGAUAGUUUAGAUCAUGUGGAAGUUAUCAUGGCAAUGGAAGAUGAAUUUGGAUUUGAGAUACCAGACCAGGACUCAGAACGCCUGAUGACACCAGAGUCUAUUGUACAGUAUAUUUGUGAUAAGGAAGACGUCUAUGAUGAAUGAAGUUAAGACUUCCAUCUUUUUGCACUUGUUAUUGAUAUUGUGUGUAUUAGAAGUUUGAAGACCAUGCAGUUAUACAAACAAGAAAAAAGUUCAAUCAUAAAAACAACUUUGAAACAUGUGAUGCUAAAAAAAGCUCAGAAACUGAGAUACAAAAUGCUGACAAUUCGUCAAAAUUAUACCAGUAGGCUUUACUGUAUGAAAAAUGAAAGCUAUGUUCACAUUACUGUAUGAAUCAGUGUUAGAGAGAUUUGAAUAAAUUGUGUUAUCA